AUGAAGAAGAUCUUCAAGGGCCAUUCGCCCUGGGGCUUCCUGGGCUUCAGGCAUUCUGAGAGCCAAGACCCUCCCAGGUACCUCACUGGGUACACGCCUGUGAAAAAGAUCCACAAGGCUGCGAGCAUGGGCGACAUAAUCCAAGUGCAGAGGAUGCUCGAAUUUGGGGAUGUUAACGUGAACGUUACAGACCGGAAGAAAAGGACUGCUCUGCAUUAUGCCUGUGCUCAUGGCCAGUCAGAAAUGGCAUCCCUCUUGCUAUGGUAUGAUUGCAACAUUGAAGCCCGGGAUCGUGAUGAAAGCACAGCUCUGAUCAAGGCCACACAGCGCCAGCACGAAGAAUGUGUAAGGAUUCUGCUGGAGAAGGGUGCUGACCCAAACACGGUGGAUGCCUAUCAAAACGCCGCGCUCCAUUACGCAGUGUACAACAACAACCCCUCCAUAGCCGCCAAACUCCUGGCGUUCAGCGCGAACAUUGAAGUGAAGACAAAGAACGGCUACACGCCGCUUAUCCUUGCGGUGCUAGAAAACAAGCAGGAGAUGGUGAGACUGCUGGUUCAGUCGGCGGCCGACGUGAACGCCCAGGAUAACUGCAGGAGGUCCGCCCUCAUUCACGCGGUGAGAACUCAGUCUAAAAACAUGAUCAGCUUUCUUCUCCAGCAAGGCGCUGACGCAUCUCUGGUGGACGCCUGUGGAGCGACCGCACAAAGCUACUCUGUCUUCGAAACCGUCCAUUUGCCUUCCCAAGACCUUGGUGGCAGUUGUCCUGAGCCUACGGCAAAGGAAGAUAGACACAGUUUUGAUGCCAAGGAUGGCUGCAUAGCAUGUUCACACCCAUUCAAGAAAAACGGGCAAAGGGUGGCAGAGCUGCCAGCAGAGGAGGAGGAAAACCUAGGCGGGGUUGACCAGCUGGAGAGCUUCACCCACAAGCCUAGUAACCCCGAGUCCACAGUGGAAGAUGAAGAAACCAAGCCUCCAGUGGUCCAGUCGUCCCUCCUCACCGAAUCCAACCUCUGGAUUGGCUACCCUGCCGACUGGCCUGAACCCAUUAAGUUCUCCAGGCAGCCAGCGGUCUACAACCCAGUCGAGUGGAGGGAAGACAUGGAAGCACAAUCGAUUCCUCUAGAGGAGGACAAACAGCAGGGAGCAGUCUUGUCAGGAAAGGAGGCAAAUGUACAGACGCCUGAGCAGCAGCUCAGGUACAGGAUUUCUGACAAACCUGGUUCUAAUGUUCUGGACCCUCCAGCAAAAGAGAAUUCAAAGGAUGAAGUGGUGUCACUUUUAGCUCCUCUGGAGGAAGAGAAAGCACAGAUGAAGGAAUUUUCAGUAACCGAAGCAGCGGAGUUACACACAGAUGCCAAGCUGGAGAGACAAGGUGUUUUAGAAUAUGAAGAAAAGGGACUCGAAAUUUGUCAAGACAGCAAUCUAGAAGCAGCUGAAAGUACUGAAUCCUACUCUGUAGUAAGAUUCUCCACCAAACCUGAUCUUGGUGACCCUGAACCCACAACAAGAAAGGAUGAAUAUAAUUUUGAUACAAAGGACAAGGAUUCAUUCGAGAAACAUCCCCCGGCAUCGAGGUCACCCGAGCCUCCGGCCAAGCAGAGCAGCCCUCCACCUUUACCGCUCCAGGAAGGAUCCCCGGAGCCAGAGAAGAGCCCCACUUCUGACGAAGAAGACGCGUCCGGACACUCCAGGUCCGCCAAGGGGCAGGUGCUCGCGACGGUGCCGCUGGAAGGGGAAGAACUGGAGUUUAAAGAAACUGUACAGCUUGUCCUAAAGAAGCCAACCCAGGAGGCUGGGGAGACCUGUGAAGGUGUCAAAACGAAUGUGCACCACGAGGAAGAGCCCCCGCGUGACGACGCGACAGGAAGAACUCGCCUGAAGCCGGUCUCCCCUAAAGUGGCCUGUGAGAUGCUUGACUGUGGGGACGGAGACGUAAGUGCAGCCCUGGCCUCCGGAGCACUGUGGACCUUUCCCAGACAGAAGGACGGUGGCCUGGGAAAUGCCGUGCCAUCCCCCCCGCCCUCUCAGAUCGUGGAAUACGGCGGCCAGUCCAUUACCAAGUUUCCCUUAAUGAAGAAUAAAUUCGACGGAGAAAACACCACUUCCGAAUGGGAAGAACCGCUUCAUAAAAGCAAGAGGAAAUCUUCUAAAAACGCGGAGAGUAGGAGGGUGAGAGGCAGAUGCCCAGAAGGAGGCGUGGGCGAACAGCAGGAAGGCCCGGAGCUGAAGAGCCCGGUGCAGCGGGCUGCGAAAGCAAGCCGCGCGGACGGGCCGUGGGAGCCGGCGCCCCCGCGGAAGCCGGGGAGAGCCAGGGCGCCCGCGGACGCGCGGGAGAGAAACCACGGGGGCGACGCGAGAGGCUGGGCCGACUCCGUGCUUCUCGCGGGCGACAGUCACAAGAAGAGCAAAGGCGCCAGGGACUUGUCGCUGAGGCCGCUGGCCCGCCACUGCGGCAGCCGCGGCGCCGUGGCGCCCGCGCGCGCUGCGCCCCCUGCUGGCCGGACCGCCAGCGCCUUCCAGGACGGGGCCCUGCGGGACGAGCUGUCCGACCACGAGUUCCGCAUUCUGGAGGAGGAGAUCCUGGCCUGGGAGAAAGUCCACCUCGAAAACGAGAGUGUCUCUGAGAGUCUGCUGAACAAGGGUGAGGGGAUUUUAUCUGACGCCAGAGACCAACAACAGCAGUAUCCAGAAAUGGGCCAGGCGGGAGAAGUGAAUUCUGAGGUGACGUCACAGCCAGAACAAGAGAGCCCUGACAGCAGUGAAGAUAGCCAGCUGCCGGAUACAGUCCUCUUGGAGUUCUGUCCCCAAACCCAAAACACACCCGAAAAGCCAGCCACAACAGUCCAGCCACUGUCUGAGAAGGAAAGCAAGCAAAUCGGGGCCCCUCCUGGGCAUCUGGAAGAAAUGUCUGAAGACCCGGAAGUAAACGAGAAAUGGGACGGAGAACCUGCACCUGGACACGCCAACGUUCCUUCCAUGAACACACCUGAGAAAGACAGACUAGGAAAUAAUGGAGAGCCAAGCGAACGCAGCCUUGAGUUACAGCGCACAGCCAGGGAUGUGUUUAAAAACAUCUGUCCCUCGGAAGAGCCACUUCCGGGUAACUAUAGGGCAAGAACUCAGCUGAAGGUUGAAGAAAUCAGGAGGACGUGGCCGAGUCUGGAGUCGGAAGUCUCGGAGAACCUAUGUCUUGACAACAGUUUGAUUUUCAAAAGGAAAGGCGGAAGGACUGGGAAGCCACUUCCUACUGAAGAGAAAGAUGAGCUUGCUAGGAAUGUUCCUGACACGUGCGAGAAAGAAGCAAAGAAAAGCGAGAGGGAAACAUGGAUGCUUAGAGAGCCUGUGACCACCCCGGUAUUUGAGAAGUUCCCUCCAGAAGCUGCUGGUCUGCUGCGGGUGAAGGGCGGCCCCCAUCUGACUGAACUGGAUCAGGCUGAAAGAAGGCUGACAACGAAACAAGCUAAAGAAAAGCAGGAGACAGAAACCCAAGUAAAUGAAAUGGAAGACGCUAACUGCGGGAGUCAGCCUUCUGUGACAGCCUCAGGCAGCGGUUCCAGUAGCCUGUGGAAACUCUGGGACAUGACUCAUUCAUAUGAAAGACUAAUAGAACUUAAAAAUAGCCACUAUGAACUACUCACAAAAAAACUUGAAAAGAUGGAAAAUAAAGCUGGUGGAGUGCAGAGAGAACAAACAGAAAUUAAAAAAAUAAAAUCCUGGUUACAGCAUAAAGAAAUGGAAUGGGAAGAACUCUGCACUUGGAGAUUCCCCUUGAAGCAAGAUGAGAAGCAAGAAAAUGCUGAGUUUUUGUUUCAGCAAAAGAAGAUGCAGUUAAAAAGGGAAAAAGAACAAUAUGGUGAAACUGUGGACUGGACUCAACACCCUGGAAUCAGGACCAUGGUUGGAGAAGUAAAGGCCAUAGAAAAUGAUUUGAGACAGUUGCAGGGAGCCCAGGGCCAGCUCGCCCAGAGUCCUCAGAAGACUCAGGCCAGCCUGCAAGCCAGCCUGCAAAGGCUUGAGGUUCGACUUUCCAAGUUAAAAAUUACACUGAAAGAGCAAUCAGCAAAAAUUGAACAGAUCCAGAAUGAGCUGCUGCGCGAUGAUUUGCUUGGGGAUGAAACAAAGAAACUCAUUCAGCAAACACAAUCUCUAGAAUGUAGUUUGGAAAAAGAGAUGAAUAAAAAUGAGGAAUUGAUGAUAGAGCUAACUGGAUUUAAGAAAUUCUUUGAGGAGACAAAAAAGAAGUUAAAUAAACAUGAAAGCAGAGAGCUUAGUGGUCCUGGAGAUUUAAAAACCAGCCAAUUUGAUAUGCAUAUUCCAAUUAAUACACUGAGGCAUGAGUUCCACAAUCUGAAAGAAAAUUGGGACACUACCUAUUACAAGUACCUCCACAUGGUUGUAAAGCUUCAGUUUAUCGAGCAGGAGCUAAUAGCAAUUAAAACCGAGCAAAAGAAGUGUGGCCGCCUACUCAAGAACCAGGAGAGCUUAGAAGAAGAAGUGCUCCACUUCAGAAGGUGGAUGAGAGAGAAAGCGACCCAAGCAAGAGAUCAAAACAACAUAGAGAGUUUAAGGGACACCAAUGACGCCACAGCACUAAGGCAGAUGGAUCUCAGAAUCAGAAGCCUGGAAUCUCAGCUGGCCACGAGGGGAAGUCAGCACAGGCUCCACAGAGGACUGCUAGAAGACUCGCAGCACUGUGCAGAAGAGCAGAGCGUGACACAGCCACUGAAAACAGAACUGGGCCAGCAAGCCCAGCGGAGCCCAAGGAAAUAG